GCAGCGCCCAGCGACGUCGUCGUGCCAUCCACCAAGGUGGGCUGGGCGGAGGCCACGGGCGGAGCCGCCCCGGUGCGCCGCGGCUCCGCGCCCUCGCCGGCGGACGAGGCGCCGCCGCCCCUGCAGCCGCUGCAGUCGCAGCGCGCCUCCGCCCGGCGCUCCUUCGGGCUGCUGCGGUCGUCCAGCAAGAGCAAGGCCGCGGCCGGCUUCAGCUCCGUGCCCGCCCCCGCGGAGGGCGAGGCGCAGGCCUCGGAGAGCACCUCGCCGGCGCCGCGCAAGACGCCCAG